UCGUCGAAGUCGGUUCCUGAGAAAUUUUGCUAGAAGCAUCUACUCGAACUCUUCCUUUAGUUUUUGACAAAAGGCAAAUUGCAAUCUUCAAGGACAUAGCCGGAUUCCAAGUGAUCCAGGAACCACUGGACGUUAUCGCAGAGCGCAGGAAAAGAGAAGAGGGAGAUCGAUCGUGAAAUCGGCAAAGAAAUAUGCCGAAAAAAAUGGGAGUGAAUAGUAAAGCCGAGACGUCUAGGGCUCGGAAGAACGCCGUCGAAUCGGAGCGUAAAGACCGUGAAUCUCGAGAAAAAGAAGACCAGUAUUGGCGAGAGGCCGAAGGAGCCAAGCCACGCGCUGCCAAGAAACGCGAAGAAGAAGCCGAGAAGCGAGCAGAGGCCGUAGCGAAGAAAGCCGAGGUGCGUCGGCUUGCCGAGCUUGAGGAGAAAGAGCUCGAGAAGUCUAUUAAGAAGCCGGAUAAGAAAGCCAAUCGUGUGGCCGCUCCGGUACCAAAGGUGACUGAAGCGGAACUAAGGCAGAGGAAGGAGGCGGAGCAGGCAGCAUUGGCGAAGAAGGCGGAGGAGGACAAGAGGAGGCAGAGCCGUAUGGCGGCAGAGGAAGAUUAUGAGAAGAUGGUGCUCGUAACCAAUAGGAAUCGUGAUGAUUCAAUUAUAGAGGCUAGUACUGUGGAUGAUGCCAUUGCUCACUUGGCUAUUUCAGAUAGUUUGCCACCGGAUAGGCAUCCUGAGAAGAGACUCAGGGCAGCCUUUAAGGUUUUUGAGGAGGCUGAGCUUCGUGCUCUGAAGGAGGAGAAACCAGGUCUGACACACACUCAGUACAAAGACUUGAUUUGGAAGCUAUGGAAGAAAUCUCCGGAUAAUCCUCUUAACCAGGUCGCAGAUAAGUAAUAGGUGCACUUUGUGCUGAUGUGGCUGGCAAUAGUCCUAUGGGCUGAGAAAGGUGCUGCUGUGCUGGGGAUAUGUUGAUGGUAUAUGCGUGACCUGGUUGGUGUUGACAGUCUUCUGCCAAAGAUGUUUGGGGUGUGCUUAUAGAAUUUUGCUUGUGGUUUAAGUGUAAUGCUUCCUAUUUAGAUACUAUACCCCUCUGUAUUAUUACUGAACUAUUGUCUGCACCACGGUACUCGUGAUGUUCUUCCUUUGUUUAACAGUAAAUAACAUAGUUAAAUAAGUCCUCUGUAUCUGACCGUUAAUAAUCCAAUUGAUGACUUUCUGACGCUUUUCA